UCUCGGAGAAGGCGGCGGCCGCGCUCCCGCCGCCGCGCCCAGGCGGCAGAGCAUCCGCUUGCCUAGGCUUCUCCCGUCCGGGCCUACGGCGCCGCAGGCUCGAGGCUAUGAGCCCCGAGCCGGUCCCGCCGCCGCCGCCCCAGUGCCCCGGCUGCGACUGCGGGGAGUCUUUCGCCAAGCGCCUGGAGAAGGGCGAUGAGGCCUUCCGCGCCGGCGAGUAUGAGAUGGCCGCGGAGCUCUUCCGCUCGAUGCUGGCCGGGCUGGCGCAGCCGGACCGCGACCUGUGCCUGCGGCUGGGGGACGCGCUGGCCCGUGCCGGCCGGCUCCCCGAGGCCUUGGGUGCGUUCCGCGGGGCGGCGCGGCUCGGGGCGCUGCGGCCGGAGGAGCUGGGGGAGUUGGCGGUCGGCCUCACGCGCGCCCUGGGCCAGAGAGAGUGGCGGCUGCCGGCUGCGGGGCCGGGCGGCGCCCCCGAGGAGCCGCGUGGGGAGCAGCCGGCUUCGGCGCCCGCCGCGCCCCAUGAUCUGCUGGGCUGCCCGCGCUGCCAGCGGCUGCUCCACAAGCCGGUGACCCUGCCGUGCGGGCUGACGGUGUGCAAGCGGUGCGUGGAGUCCGGGCCUGUCCGGCCGCAGGCGCGGCGAGUCAACGUGGUGCUGAGCGGCCUGCUGGAGAAGUGCUUUCCGACCGAGUGCCGUGUGCGCAGGCUGGCGGGCCAGGCGCGGAGUUUGCAGCGCCAGCAGCAGCCCGAGGCCGCGCUGCUCAGGUGCGACCAGGCUCUGGAUCUAGUUCCUAGAGAUAAUUCGUUAUUGCUGCUGCGAGCAGAGUUGUAUUUAACCAUGAAGAACUAUGAGCAGGCUCUACAGGAUGCCAAUGCAGUUUGUCAGAAUGAACCUCUCUUGACUAAGGGGCAUCAUGUGAAAGCUCAGGCUCUUUCUGGAUUGGGAAGAAGUAAGGAAGUGUUGAAGGAGUUUCUCUACUGCCUUGCUUUAAAUCCUGAGUGUAACUCUGUGAAGAAAGAAGCACAGAAGGUAAUGUGUGAGGUGUUGUUCCCAGCUUCAGAAAAUGUGCAUCAAAAUUUAACACCUUCCAUCCAAAGCAGAAUAUUGAACAGCAGGUUGAAGGCUCAGUGUGCCAGUGAUAUAAACACCCAGCCUCUGGAAGAAGGUGACAAUGCAGGGAGUUCUAAGAAUCCACCUGAGAAAUCCGAUGUGUUCAGAAAUACAAAUUCUUCGGUUUUGUAUUUUAUACUGGGUCUGCACUUUGAGGAGGAUAAAGAAGUGUUAGAAAGUAUCCUUCCAGGAGCACCCAGCACCAGUUUAAAGAGACAAUUUCCAAAUGAUAUGGAGGAUGUGCAUGACCUGAAUGGUCCUGGGAAAAUUCCCAAGAAAGAGGCAGGUUCCUCACCUCAAAGGAAUAUGACCUCUAAUGUAGGAGAAGGUCCAGAGCUCUCCAUAGAUGUAACGGACUUUGAGUGUGCCCUUUGCAUGAGGUUGCUCUUUGAGCCUGUGACUACGCCAUGUGGACAUACAUUUUGCCUAAAAUGCCUUGAGCGCUGCCUUGACCAUGCCCCGCAUUGUCCGUUGUGCAAAGAAAAACUUUCAGAAUUGUUGGCAAGCAGAAAUUUUAAUAUAACUAGUCUGGCCGAAGAAUUAAUAUUUCGAUAUUUGUCAGAUGAACUCUCUGAUAGAAAGAGAAUUUAUGAUGAAGAAAUGACAGAAUUGUCAAAUCUGACCAGAGAUGUCCCCAUCUUUGUGUGUGCCAUGGCCUUCCCCACCGUCCCAUGUCCACUGCAUGUGUUUGAGCCCCGCUAUCGGCUUAUGAUAAGAAGAUGCAUGGAAACGGGCACCAAACGGUUUGGCAUGUGUUUAUCUGCUGAACACGCAGGAAUUUCAGAGUACGGCUGCAUGCUGGAGAUUAAGGAUGUCAGAACAUUUCCUGAUGGGAGUUCAGUUGUGGAUGCCAUUGGAAUUAGUCGGUUCAGAGUUCUAAGCCAUCGUCACAGAGAUGGCUAUAACACAGCCGACAUUGAAUAUCUCGAAGAUGAAAAGGUGGAAGGAACAGAGUAUGAAGAACUUACCAGUCUUCAUGAUUCAGUAUAUCAGCAGUCAGUUUCCUGGUUUACUUCACUUCAGGAUCACAUGAAAGAACAAAUCUUAAGCCAUUUUGGGUUGAUGCCAGACAGGGAGUCUGAGCCUCAGAGUAACCCUAGUGGUCCUGCGUGGUCCUGGUGGAUCCUGGCAGUGCUGCCUCUGGAGCGCAAGGCUCAGCUGGCUAUUCUUGGCAUGAUCUCACUGAAAGAACGUCUGCUCGCCAUUCGGCGGAUAUUAGUCAUCAUUACGCGUAAGAUGAAUAGUCGGCAGGAGCUGGUUAAUAGCAGGGAGAGAAAUAAUUGAUUUUUUCUCUCUCUGUCAAGGUUUCUGGAAGCCCUUGUACUUUUAUGAGGAGCGCUAGACGUGGACAAGUAGCAUCCCAUUCAUCGUGCUUUGUAAAAUGCUUGUUGAGGGUUACAAAACGGAACACUUAGCAAACAUUGACUCCUGCUCAAAUGUUAAAAGUUGGUGCCUGGCGGAACCUGACGGUACGAGGUUAGCCUGAAGUUUGCAUGGAGCCCACAGUUGGAAACCAACCUAAGAAAAUCUCCUUGAAGCAGAUGCUUUAAUGUGCAGUUCACUGACAGCAGGGAACACCACAGAUGGUUGGCAAGUGGUUUAGGUUUUGCGAGAAAGAAGGACUCCCUCCCUGGUAAAGUAUCUCACUACACCAGAUGGGAACAGCAUGCUUUGGUGGCUAGAAAGUAAGAGGGAAACCACAUUUUUAUCUGGAAGCAGAUUUCUCAGAGCACAGGCUAACUGAAAAUGCGCUUCGGCUUUGUGUGUCGCUGUGAAGUUGUGUGUGAAAUUGAGGGAUUGAACUGUUGUCCAGUACAGGAGCCAAAAUUAGUCCUCACCCAAGAAGUAGUAGCUACCAGAUAGAACUAUGUUGUGUGUCCCGUGGUAGUUCAGAUAUCGUACAUUGCAUGUUGUAAUCAGAUGAACAUCAGAAUACACGAAGGUGUACCUUGGAUAUAGAAAAAUCUGACAACAGUAUAGUUGAUUUGAGGAUAUAUAUUUAUAUGCACUCAAUAAAGAGUGAGCAAAAGUUCACUAAAACUGUAUGUGUAUUGGAAUGUCAAACAUGCAACCAAACUAGUACAAAAACCCCCUUGAAAGCAUAAGCCUGUCUCAUUAAUUUGGUGAACACUAAACAUUUAGGAAACAGUCCUCUUCCUACAAGUAUUUGCAUUGGAAAUUACGCCCAUCAGUAAAUCUGAGUUCACCAUCCAUCCACUCAUAUAUGAGGACAUUAACGUCUGCUCUGGAAUGGGACUCUAUCUCUUCCAGGAAAAUAUAUCAGGACAGUGUGCAAGAAGAGGGGGGGUGCAUAUGGGGUGUAAAUAUUCAGCAAUCUAAAAAUUGUUUUCCAUCCUCAACCUAAAAAUUGUCUCUGUGUCUUUUGAAAAGAAGUUUUAAAAGUGAUCAGACCCAGUGUUACCUAUUACAGAACAAUACAUUACAACUUCGACCUCUAAUGCAUAUUGGUAGUAUUAAUUGGAAUAACCGUGUGAACUAAGAUACUGGAUCAUUAGCACUGGCCUAACCAGCUGGUGCACUGAGUUGGCUUCUUGGGCAGUGCCAUGGAUGCUCUUAACUAAAAGAUGAUGAGAACCAGACCGGAGAAUAAAUCACAGCUUUAAGUUUUGCUUUUUUCAUUCAA